UAUAGACGCGGCGGUCAGUACAUUAGUACGUUUGUAGUAAGAAUUUUUGUUAUUAUUCCAUGUGUGAAAAUUACCUGUUAAAAAACUUAUUUUUUUUAAAAAGCCCCUGACUUUGGAAGGUGCAUCCGAAGUGCAGUAUACUAAACGAAAGUGCAUCGUAAGUCGCGUCAGAAUUAUUUAAUGUGACCUGCCAGAGGCGAAUUAGUUUAAGAACUUGGAAGGGGAGGGGCUAGAUUCAUCUAUAUAGACGGGGGCCACCUCUCUCUCUCUCUCUCCCUAGUGGAUCUCGGGCAAAGUUUCCGGAUUUUUCAAUAUUUUAAUUGUGACAAAUUUGGCCCAGACGUGUUGCCUUUACGUCGUUUAUCUGUACUGGUUGUACCAAAAGUAUUUCAUUCUCCUAGUAAAAGUGUAAAAUAUAUACAUGUAAUUCAUUCCUACAAGGAGAUCCUAAAAUCGUAAGAUACCUGUUUACCUGUACGUACACACAUGUAAUACAAUACUGACAUUUUAGCUGGACUUGCACGUGACUAUUGACGUACCAUUUGAAACAUUUCAAAAGAUGACCUAUUUUCUGUUUAUACCUGGACAAUUAACUUCAUUUCGGUUACAGAAUUUCUUGGAUUUGCACUCUUUGUGGAAAAGCAUCUCACUUACGCAGGACCUUUGUAUUGCAUAAUUGUUUUCGUAUGUUUAUCAAUACACCCCCGCUAUAAACAGUGACACCGAAUGCGUCAAUGUAGAGUGUUUUUUCUUCUUUCUAUCUAAAACACACUCUCAAAUUGCCGUUUGAGUUGUUUUCAUAGACAAAUAAAAAAUAAAAUUAGCAUUAUAAUACCCACGUGUUGAAGUUUGAUAUACUAUAUACGAAAGCAGCUGUAAUUGAAAUUGGCACGGUUGUACAUUAUCAUGCCAUGGAGAAUUAGCAAUAAUGAAUCUUCUCAAAAAUAAAUCCACGCCGGGCCAAUAAAUUAUCCGGAUCCACUAUCAAAAUCAGCAAGUCAAGAUUUUAGUCAAUUUGCUCUCUCUCAUGGGGAUGUCUAAUAGAAUUUAAUUUAAGGCAUCCGGUUCGUAUAAAAAAAGUACAAAAUUUCUUCUUUAAUUUGCAUGUUUCAUUGAGAAGGAAUUUUUCAUAACAGGAAGAGAAAGCGGUGCGAGGAAAUCUGUUUUAUUUUCUAUCUCACUUUGCGUCAGGGAUGCGCUAAUAAAAGCGGAACAAUAGCCCAACUCCCUCUCACCCUUCGAAAGUUACACGCAACCCUUUUCACGGGAUUAUUGGCACACUAAGACAUCGGACCCGCCGGGAGCGAUAACUAUAAUUAGCUAGAUAUUUUCAUUUGACAGCUGAUGAGAGAUGCGUCAACUUGCAUCGUUGUCUUAUUUUUCUCUUUGACCUCAUCAUCCGUGUUUUGGCGGUUUAUGCCAUCACUUCAUCUAUCGGCUGCUGCACGCUUUAACGCGCUCUUUCUGCAAGUCAAUAAAGGUAUAAAUAUGACAGGAGAAGACCCCUCGCCGCAGUGUAACGGAAACCGGUUGUGGCAAGAGGACGAUAUUGGUUAUUUUUGAAAAUCUUUUUCCUUUCUUCAAAUUGCUUUGGAUCUGAGACGAGUCAAAACCAGACCUGGAUGUAGAAGAUUUAACUUCGAGAAAAAACAAACAACAAAACCUGUUUAAUGAAAGUGUGAUGUAGAUAGACCCUAGUUGAUAUUUUCUCGGGAGCUUUUCAGGAAUUCUUUGUCGCUAUGUUUUCAGUGAUAGCUUCAUCUGCUCGCGUCUCGUCCCCAUCAGUAUCAUGCACCAAAUCAGGACAUCAUCACCAGUCUCACCAGCUGAACUCCGAAAUGGAGCACAGUUACGAAGUCAGCACCGCUAAAAGCAUACAGGACAAGGAAAGAGAGACGUUUUUGUCGUAUGGAAUAUUCAAUAUGGUGGCAGGAAAAAGGACGGCAGAACUGCUUCACAAACAACACAAACACGAACUUCACCGACAGUCCCACACAGAUGUUUGUGGAUUUUCAGAUUUAUUUCAUCACAAACACUCAAACGAAUCCAGUCCUAACCCUUCUCCGAAACUAAGACAUCAGCGUCCGACGCAUGCGCAUACAAUAGAUCUGUCAGAACAUGUGAUACCCGGUAAAUCAAGAGGUCAUCACCACCACCACAAAGGUUCCAAAUGCGAUCUCUCCAAGCCACACGACAAACAUAAAAACAAGAGAUCUGACAUCCUUCACUCCAGCAGUUCUAUGGAUUCCAUCUCCCAUAGAUCGUCUGAGAGCUGUCAUAAGCCGCACAAAUGAUCUCUGAUCAGUUGUUUGUUUUGUGCGCCGCUGAGACAGGUGGUUAAGCCUCCUCACCGUGAGCUUUACCUUAAUAUAAAUGUUGUUUGUUGGAUCAGAAGGAGGAUUUUCUUGUACUCCUGAUUGCGAUACAAAUACACUUUUGCACAUGACGUCUGCUAUUUGUCAUAACAAGCAGAACCGCUGAAGGAUCCGCACCUGGACAAUUGCUGCAAGUUAAUUUUGCGACCGAUGUAUCGCUCUUACCUGUGUUUUAAAGUUUUCUGAUGUUCAUUAUAUUUCACAAUGCCUGUAACUAUUUUCAUUAUUAAUAUCAUUGAGAUCAGUAUCUGAAUUGUAGCAUCCUCUGCGUAUGUCUAUAUUGUACAUAUUCGUCGAAAUAUUCUAUCGUCAAUCUGGGUCCAGUUGUACAAAUAUCUAUCAAAUGAACUAACACCAAAUUUAUUAAUAUAACCUUUGUUCAACUGGGUUCGAAUGUUUUACCUCAAACUCAUUGGAUCAGGUGACUAUAUGCAUAAUCAAAAGCUGUAUUCAGAACAGCACAUAUGCAUAGAAUAUACUGCAUUUUACUUAUAAUAAAAUAAAAGUUUUCAAACAUUGGUCAUGACCCAAUGAUCACGUGAUUACUAAUCAAAGCUCCACAUUGUCCGUAAAGCAUGUUACUGAAAUAAAAGUUUCCAUUUUAAUGUCUACAUGUAAUAUAUUUAAAUAGAUUGAUGAUAUGAUAAAGUUUAACUACUAGUAUAUGUUAAGUGAGAAAAAACAUCCAGUUUAUUGUAUCUUUGUAUGGACAACUUUGAAAGGCUUUAAUUGUAUGAUAGACAAUCCACUUGUCUGCAUGAUAAUUUGUGUUUUAGAAAACUACUCAGAUAAUUGCAAUUUAGGUCAAAACUACUAGUACCUACAGCAGGUAUUAAAUAUGAAGCUUGUAAAAUAUCAUGUUUCAGAUUUAUAAAGCGAUGCAAUUUGUGGGUUAUUGAAAAUAAUGUAUUGUGAUUUUUGUAUAAUUUAAUGUUUUGUAUAAAUGAAUAAAGUCAUAAUCCUGCA